AUGUCGAGAGCAUUGGUGUUGAUUUUGUUUACUCUGGCUGCUCUUCAUGCCUAUCCAGCAACUGGUGGUCUUGACGUAGAAAAUCUCUCAGCUGGUGGCAAAAAAUUCUUCAUGGAUAUGACCAAGCAGGUGAUGGGCGUGCCAUCGCUGAAGCCGGAAAAUCUUGCCGCCCAAUCGUUCUUCCGUAGCUUCCUCGACAAAUACACAAAACUUGACGAUAAGACGAAGAGGGAUAUGGAACAGCAUGUGCCAACCGCAACGAAAAUAUUUAAUGAAGCAGAGAAAUACCUUAACAUUCCAGCUAAGAAAUACAACGUCGAUCCACACAAGGCGUUCCAGAUGCUCUCCACAUUCUUCGAAAACUUCAAGAAAGGCGUAAACGGAAAUAUAGCUCAGCAGGGAAUGAAGAUGGCCGGAAAUCUAUUCGGAAAAAAGCAAACGUAUUGA